AGAAAUAACAGCUUUGCAUAAUGAAACGUCUCUUCAGCUUGGCAGCUGAUCGCGUGACAGUAACGCAAACAACUUUCAUGAACUCAAUUCUCCUUCGUGAUCAAGUCAAGUCCGUCCAAGUCUUCACCGAGUACAAGGACAAAGGAAGGCGGUGAAACGAGGCUUAUCACCCUCCUCAACCCGCUAGAGUCAAAAUUCAACAGCCACAGCCACCUUCAUGGUCUCUGGGUGAGCAUUACAUCUACAAACUGCAUCCCUUCACGAUUGUUAUCACAGUCACCGAGGCUGUCGUCUAAAAGAGGUCAAAGAACAUCCUCCAACAUACUGAUCGAAGAUGACGUCGGACUGCCGGAGAACCUGCCCAGUCACCUGAUUCACCUCCUCAUCUCAUUCACCGCUCCACGCUCCAUGCCAACCCCUUAGCGAGCGCCAUAAAGCUGUCCCCCAGUUGCAUUUUGCUGCAGAAUAUAUAAUAAUAACGAUAAAUCAAAAUGAGCGACGUCACAACAGAUGAUCUUAACACCGGCAAGAUCAAAGAAUGGCGAUCCAUUGUGACACUCAUUGUCUUUGUCAUCACCAAUGUGAUCACACUUUUCCCAUUCCAUGUCCCAGUCUUUGUUCCUCGUCAGAUAUACAACAUUCUGCUGGACGGGUUGAGCGCCAGCCGAGUAAUCCCACCCAGGCGAACACACUCACAGGAUGAAAUCCUCCAGGAUGACGACAAUGGCAAGAUCAAGCCAUUCGUACGCUUUCGCUUCCCUCUGAACUUCCUCACGGCACCAUUAAUAGCCGAUCUCUUUCUCCUCGCUAUCUCAGCGAUUGGUCGGAGAGAAGUUCACGAUGGCACCAUCGGAGCAAACCAUAUCUCGCCCAUCGACAUCAUGGUAUUCUUCAUCACUUUGGCAUAUAUCGCCAUAUCCAUCGAUGCAUCAGGAUUGAUCAGAUACCUGGCAUUUAAGGUACUGCAGAGAGCAGGCAAAGUUGGACACAGACUAUUCUUCUACCUCUACGCUUUCUUUUUCCUCCUCGGGAGCUUCAUCGGCAAUGAUCCCAUCAUUCUGUCCGGAACUGCUUUCCUCGCCUACAUGACCCGAGUUUCAAGCAAUAUUGUCCAUCCGAGAGCUUGGAUAUUCAGUCAGUUUGCUAUCGCAAACAUUGCGUCGGCCAUCCUGGUCUCGUCGAAUCCCACCAACCUUGUCCUGGCUGGUGCGUUCCAGAUCAAGUUCAUCGACUACACUGCCAACAUGAUCGUUCCAGUGGUUAUUACAGCAAUCGUCUUGUUCCCAUUCUUAUUGUACAUCGUUUUUGCAGACGAGUCACUCAUCCCGAUCUCGAUUAAGAUGCACGAACUUUCCGAUGAGGCGAAGGCUCGGAAACCCGUCAAUCCAAACAUUCCUCACGGCAGAGGGAACGUUGAGGAAGAGGAUACUAUGGCAGACGGCCAAGAAGGUCAACUUCUCUCCCUCGAAGAGAUCAUGAAUCCCUUCCUCGACAAAGGAGGCGCAGCAUUCGGAGCUGUAAUCAUGACCGCAACGCUCGUGACCCUCCUCGCUCUCAACGCUGCGAGUCAGAGUAAAGGCGAGCAUCCCGUCUUCUGGGUCACGUUACCAGCAGCAUUCGUGAUGUUCUGCUGGGAUGUUGGAUUCGGAUGGUAUCAUCGCAAAGAGACACGAGAAAUUGCUCGCAGAGGUCGAUUGGAAGUUGAGACUGCUCGUGCCGAACGUGCAUUUAGGGAAGAAGAGGAGAGACAAGCUGCGAUGACUCAUGGCGCAGGACUUGAAUUGGAACCUAUGAGCAAGUCCCACGGCAAGGAUGAGAUCGCAGCGGAUGGGACGGGAACACAGCCGCCAUAUCCUACACUCAUGAUCUCCGAGAAUUUAGACCAAAGUCCCGAGUCCAGCCCUCGACUUGAGUCCUCAAGGUCGAUGCUCGUAGCUGGAGAAGAUCAGAACAGUCGACCAUCAAGUCAUACCAUGACCGCAGCUGAUGAGAAGCAGCCAAUGCCAACAUCAGACAUCUCAACCUCUCCAGCAGCCCCAAAACCUCCAAAUGAAGACGAGAAAGACCGAACCGUGUUGGAGAGAAAUUCAACAGAAGAUGGGCUCAAUAACCAAUCUAGCCGCACAACGGUCGUAUCUCUCACAGCAGACGGAUACAGAUGGGUACAAGAAACCUUCCCAACAGUCACAGCAGUAGUUGCACAUCUCCCCUUCGCUCUCGUUCCCUUCGCAUUCUGCAUGUUCGUUUUAGUGCAAGCACUUGUCACGAAAGGCUGGGUCCCAGUCUUCGCUCAUGGAUGGGACCACUGGGUCAACAAAACAGGAACAGUCGGCAGCAUCGGCGGAAUGGCAUUCCUCUCCGUAAUCCUCUGCAAUUUCGCCGGAACCAACAUCGGCACCACCAUCCUCCUCUCCCGGGUAAUCCAAACCUGGGUAACGAUCCACGAAAAGUCCGGCAUUCCGAUUACAGAACGCACAUUCUGGGCUACAGUAUACAGCAUGGCGAUCGGAGUCAACUACGGGGCGUUCAGCACGGCGUUUAGCGCUUCGCUUGCGGGUCUGCUGUGGAGGGAUAUUUUGGCGAGGAAGCAUAUACAUGUUCGGAGGCUGGAUUUCGCGAGUGUGAAUCUGCCGAUUAUUGCGAUUGCUAUGGCGGUGGGGUGUUCGGUGUUGGUGGGGGAGGUGUAUAUUAUGAGGGAUGAGUCGCCGUAUGAGCGGCGGAAGUGA